AGGCCAAAGCCAACUUUAUCGAUAUCCCUGGCAUCACAGAUCAAGUCAUGGUUCCGCAAACCGUUUCCGACAUCUUCGAAGAAACCCAGGUGUCUGCAGCAGUCACGCCCGAGGACGCGAUAGCCGUUUUCCGAGAGAACGGCAUUUUCUAUCAAGCAAAUGCGGAUAUUGGAAGGCUAGCGGCCCAGUUGCGCAAGGACCCGGACGCCGGCCUGGACGCAUUUACUCCAGUGCUGGCGAAAGACCCACGCCUAUACAGAAUCCUUGCGCCCUAUCGAGAAGCCUUUUCGUUCCCCCUCGGCUCGGACCCGGGCGUUUUCUAUGCCCUCACGACAGCAGAAGGUCAAGAUGGUCGAAUUUUGGUGUUCAUGUGGGAACCAAAAACAGAACUAGAGUUUUCUCAUCGGUCCCCCGCAGGAGAAUUGAUCGGUGUGCCAGCAUCAAAUGGCUUGUUUCAAAUUCCAUACGCCUAUCUUAGAAAACGGUGUUUGGAAGACAAGAAAAUAAAAUGGGACGAAGGUGGAGUCUUAAUAGUGCAUCCGCGACUUGCGUUUUCCGUUACCAAAGGCUUUGCCAAAGGCUAUGGUUGUCGGCAACCCCCCUCCAAGGAUCCAGCUUGAUCGGGGUAGCAUGAAGCGCCCCAAGAUUCAUCUCUGAAAGAUGGGUCAAAGACGCUCUCCGUCACGAAACGGUGCCACGCCAUAUGGGGAGCUGAGACAAGUCUUUGUUCGGAACCGGCACCCUGUUCAAAGAGAGUAGAGAGCAAAGGUUGGUAGAAUCGAGACGCUUCGUGGUGGGUAGCCGGCGCUUCAGGCCACUGAGACAGAGUUGGCAGAGUUUGAGGUAAGAGUAGGAAUUCUGGAGAAUGCGGCAAGUAAUCGUUGGAAAUGGGGUCAUGCGACUCGCCUGUUCCCAGUGUGGCAUAUUGCCCAGCAGUGGUUCUAGCUAGGGAUGCCUUUCUUUUGUCAUGCUUCCGGUUGACGUUUGCGUGGAUUGUGCCAUUAGCUUGCAGGAGUUUAUCCAACUCUCCUUCAAUCCGUUUGCGAAGUUUAUCGCGCUGACCUUUGAGUUGUGGACUGAUUGAGCUCUCUCUGCAACAUUUGUGGCUCAUGAACCUGCUUGCUUCAACGUACGUGUUAGAGCAGGAGGGGCAUGUUUCAUUGCAUUUGCAAUCUUCUCACAGUCAGUUAUUGCACGCAUGAGGGAUAAAGUGGCAGCAGUCUCACGCAUUCCAUAAUGUCGACGUAGUUCCUGCCUUCUGUUGAAUCUUCUCCCGCAAACGGGAUGUGGACAGUUUAGGCGUGAUCCUCGUAAGGAAACCGGUCUGCCAUAGUCUUCUUCAGUAUCAUCGUCAUCAUCGAAUUCUGUUUCUCUGCC